CCAUACUCGGUUGGACAUUUGUUUCGCAUGAGCGAAGAAACAACGCAACAGAUCUCUGAAGAAGGUUCUACCGUGGAUACACUUUCUUUCGACGACAGUAGACUUCGCACAUGCCAUUCGGAUGAGGAAUGCGGAAACGUAGUCGGCAAAGACAUUCCGCCGGAACUUUUGAAAGAACUCGACGACUCUGAAGAGGAAGAAAAGAAGAAAAAGAAGAAGCGAAUCAAAAAAUCUGAUAAGAAGGAUGUAAAUGCUCAAAGCGGCAACGUGCUCGGCAAAGAAAUUCCACCGGAGCUUUUGAAGGAGUUUGAAGACUCAGAUGAAGAGCCGAAGAAAAAAAAGCGUUCUAGAUCAAAAGCGGGGAGAAACUUGCCCGCGAACUAUAAGGUGUGCUCAAACAAGGACAAGAUCCCAGAAGAAAAGAAUAUGAAAAAGAAAGAGGCUGAUAACGCUGUCGCAAAACCAUGUAGUGAUACGGGCAUAGAGAAGGCGCGCAAACUGGCUGUACGUCAAAGAAAUUCAAUUACUAGACGGAUAAAGACUAAGGAACAGAAGAGAAAAUCUAUAUCUAGUAAGAAAGCAAGAAAAAGGCAAUCUCUACGACAAGGAAGUGAACGGAACACUCAGCAGAAGAAUUCAGCUUCAAAGGUUUGA